AUGAAGCAAAGAAUUACAUACUUGUUGCACGAAGCCGGUGGUGUCGACCCUGAGACUCUCGAUGUUGGUAAAGACUCGAUAAAAUUGCCGGGACUCAAGGCCGCCAAAGAAUGGAGAGUCACGCUCGGCACUCGCGAACUGCCAAAAGAGGUUUCAAGUGUCCUAGAACAAAGUCAUGAAAUACACAUACGCUGGUCUGCAGAGUGGAAUUACGAUGCCGUGACACCUUUCUCCUCGAGAGUCCCUUCUGGCUUUCACAUUUUCUACACACCCGGAGAAAAUGCGUCUUCGGAUACUCUGUGUCCGCUUCUAGGUCAGAUAAUUGGUGAUGCUGUUGAAUGUGCAUCCGUAAAGUCAUUCUCAACACCACCGAUAUUAUCUGAGCGUUUUGCCAUGUCCGCAAAGUACCAGUACUACAAGCCACUUGCUCGUCUAACGAGAUUCAUCGGCUACCUCUCGUCGACGAUGUGCGACUCGUCAGACGUCAGCUGUCACUCUCAGGUUGCUUCUCUCGCCCAAGCUAGCUCUCUGGAUCUCGACUACGACAUGAUAUCACAUGCUCUUCGCGUCACCGCUUACUGGGAUUGGGCCGUUGCGGCUGAUGGCAGUCAAGGCGUGUGGGACGAAACUUUGCAUCUGCAACCUUCUUCAGAUGCUCUCGAAGUCGGCAUUCUGAAUGUUGAGAAGGCUAACGAAGAAGGAGAAAUUGCACUUAGUGGUUUGCUGACGGUGGUCGGUGAAGACACAAAGCCUAGUGCUACGAUGUUCUCCUUCCCAGCAAGGCACCAUGCUGUGUCGAAACAACCAGAAGAGUUGAGUUUCGAAACAUCAUUUCGCCAGCCCACCGGAUUGCAUCCUGCUCUGGAGCUCAAGUUCCCUGCCAAUGCACUCAUACAGCCGGAUGAAUCCUGCGCGCUCCAUGCCUACCUAACUCUGCCGUCAUCUGUAUUCAUCGACCGCUACCAACUAUCAGACCCUCUGUUCCUCGCUUCGCAAAACCUAAUCGCUCUUCGCAGUUUGAGUGGUGCCACAGAUCUCGAAGCUCCUGUCUGGACAAUACCACAAUGGGGCUCUGCCGCUCUACUCGAGCUCGCACAUCCAGAGACACCUUCUGUCAACAAUGAUACCUGGAGCGUGAUGGUACCGCUACACACUCGCUAUAUGCUCCCUUCAACAGAUGGCACACACACCGCACACAUCCCCUGGCCAGCAGUCUUCUGGGCCUGUGAAGCAGAAGAUGGAUUAAAGAUGUCUGUUAACCCAUUCGAUCGAACGAACAUAGGCUACGAUGGACUUUUUGGACCAAAGACAUUGUUCCAUCAUAUUGGUGCUUCAGCUGAGACGAAGACACUGAUGGAGACACUCGAGGUCCCCGUGUUGGACAAGACGAAGACUGGUUUUGUAGAGAUUGGCACGGGAGUGACAGUGCUGCUUGGAUUCUUGUGGGUAUUGUGGUCUAUGAUCAAAGGAAAUACCAAGGCAACUAGCGAGGCUGGAAAGAAGGAGUGA